ACAUAGAUAAAAGUAUUUAAGGACGUGGUAUGAUUUCCCUUUGGUUUCCUCCUUAAACGCUUAUGUCUUACUGUCCACCGCAAUCUGGAUCUGAGAUAAGGAUAGGAUUGGGACUCCGUCCAUGGAACGAGGAACACAAAUUUCGACACCUCAGAGCUAAGUGAUCGCCUUCCAGAAACCAUUAAGGUAUUCUCCAUUUCCAUCUCUGUUCCUGUGGUAGAAGAAGAGCUGGUGCAGGAUGGCCACAGCCUCCAUCUCUCCCAUGGCCAGCCAGUUGAAGAGCUCCCUGCUCUCUUCCAGUAGCAGGUGUCUGUUGAUCCCCAAAGGCAUCUCACGAACACCAUUGAGAGAUUUGCAAUCCAGAAGGAAGCCUUCCCUCACAGUUAGAGCCAUCCAGGCAGAGAAGCCAACGUACCAAGUGAUUCAGCCCAUCAAUGGUGACCCAUUCAUAGGGAGCCUGGAGACGCCGGUGACCUCCAGUCCGCUGGUGGCGUGGUACCUCUCCAACCUGCCGGCCUACCGCACCGCCGUGAGUCCGCUGCUGCGGGGCGUCGAGGUCGGCCUGGCGCACGGCUACCUGCUCGUCGGCCCGUUCGUCAAGGCCGGACCCCUGCGCAACACGGAGUACGCCGGCGCGGCGGGUUCGCUCGCCGCCGCCGGCCUCGUCGUGAUUCUGAGCGUCUGCCUCACCAUGUAUGGCGUCGCGUCGUUCAAGGAGGGCGAGCCGUCGACCGCGCCCACGUUGACGCUGACCGGCAGGAAGAAGGAGGCGGACAAGCUGCAGACGGCGGAGGGAUGGGCGCAGUUCACCGGAGGAUUCUUCUUCGGGGGCAUCUCCGGCGUCAUCUGGGCGUACUUCCUCCUCUAUGUCCUUGACCUCCCUUACUACAUCAAGUAGACUGUUUGCUUCUUGUGGUGUGUUCCAUAUUGGGAAGAUGACUGGCAUGAGACCAUGAUAUCAGUUAGCAGCCUAUAAAUCUGAUGAUAUAGUAGAACAAGAUGUUAAAUGUUCUUCUCA